AUGCCGGAUGUCCUGAUCCAGUUCACCGUUGCGAUCGUUGGUGGUGGGAUCGGGGGCUUGAGCCUGGCAGCCGGACUACUUCGUCGCAAUGUCCCGGUCCAGAUCUACGAAGCGGCCUCAGCCUUCAGGGAGGUUGGCCUUGGUCUCACAAUUGGUCCUGCUGCGCUUCGCGCAAUGCCUCUGAUAGACCCGCAUAUUAAGGAGAUCUACGAAUCUCUUAUAACGAUGCAUGCGGACAGUCCAGGCUACGAACGGUUUCGAGAAACUUGGUUUGAGGUAGUAUGGGCGGCGGGUGAGAAAUCAGGGGAUGUCCUAUUAGACCUGAAGGCGCGACCAUCGGGGCAAACGACCGUGCGAAGGGCCGAUUUCUUAGACGCUUUGGUCAGCGUUAUACCGCCAGAGAUCGCCCAUUUCGGCCGGCGAUUGGUGCAGCUGGUAGAGACUUCAGCUGGUGUCGAGUUGCAAUUCGAGGAUGGUAGUUCUGCCACUGCUGAUAUCGUGGUAGGCUGUGAUGGUAUCCAUUCCAAAGUCAAGCAAACGGUAAUCCCAGACGAGUAUGAACAGAAACUGCCACAGUAUAGCGGCAUGUACGGAUAUCGUGCAGUGUUAGACAUGGACACCAUGGUUCAAGCAGUGGGGGACCAUCGUGCGCGGGUAUCGACCAUGUACGUGGGCGAGGGUGCUUACGGAAUCACUUACCCAAUUAUGCGGGCCCAGAAGGUCAACGUGGGGAUAUACAAACUGAACGAUCGAUGGGAUAAUCCGGAGUGGGUGCGGCCAGCCAGCAAGGCUGACAUGCGACGCGAUUUGGGCCAUAUGGGCGAGUACAUCGGCAGACUGGUCGAGCAUAUGCCAGACCCUUCGCAGUGGGCCAUCUUUGAGCAUCCCCAUAUCUCAACCUACGCGAGGUCGCGCGUGGCAAUCCUUGGAGAUGCAGCGCACGCCUCUACACCGCACCAAGGAGCUGGAGCAGGACAAGCAAUCGAAGAUGCGCACGUCCUCGCAGAGCUUCUUGGAGAUCCACAGGUGACCCAUGCAGCGCAUGCCAUGGCGGCGUUUCAAGGAUACGACGCUGUUAGACGACCGCGCAGCCAACGCGUCGUGACAACCAGUAAAGAAAACGCGCUUUUGCUAUGCUUGUGUCUAGAUGGGGUCGGGAGCAACGAAGAGAAAAUCCAGAAAUCGUUACAGGAGCGUCUGCGAUGGCUCUGGGACGUGGAUGUCGAAGCGGAGGUGGAACGAGGACGAAAGACGAUGCUGGACAGUCCGGCCUUUGUUGUGCCUUCCCCAUCAGGCAGGUAUUGA